AUGAAGCUGCUGGGGUGCGCACGUGCGGUCGCCAAACAGCAUGAAGAACUCGUCAUUACCGGUAUAGCAGGGCAUGCGAAAGGGUCGUUUCGCCAGCGGGUAUUCGGGAGAAGAAACCUUUCUUCUCUUCUCCUUUUUCGUCGAAUCGUUUUUAGCCGAAGCGGCGGCUCGAUAAGUACACCUCCUCUGCGUUCGUCUGCUGUCGCUUCUCCUUUUUGUUUGUCACCCUCUCCGUCAUUUCCCUGCCAUCGUUUUGCGUCGCCGUCGUCCUCUCUGUCUCCGCUGUCUGGGUCGGUGGCGGCCGGGUUUUCUUCUUUGUCUGAGGCUUCCGCGACUGCGUCUUCAUCUUCCUCUCUUGCUUUCUCGGCUCCGGCUUCCCCAUCGUCUGCUCCCGGUUUGUUUCGUUCGUCUCCCGCUGCGUCUGCGCUGGCGAAAGAUGUUUUUGCUCGCGUGGAUCUCUUGGAAGAUCCGGUCGACCGCCGGCUAGCCGCGGACGCAGCUGAGAAGCUCCUGACGGCUCCCCUGGAUGCUGUGGAAGCCUUCAUGAGCGAGCGGGUACACAGCUUUCUCCGAUCUAAAUCUUUCUCUGCCGUGCUCUCUUCUGCCGCCGAUGAAGACACUUUGAGUGUUGUAGGCCGCAGGGGGCACGCCGGGGACUGUCAGCAGCGUUUCCACGCGGCGUGCUGGGCUGCAGCCGCCGUUCUCUCUGCCCGCGGAGACGGAAGGCGCGCACAGCUGCGCAAUUCCCAGUCCUUCUUCUGGCUGCACUUCACGUCUCAUAUGCAAUACGGUCUCCUUCCUCUCUCUCGUAUUCUGCUCUUUGCCCAGAGCGACCCCACGCACCUACCUGCCCACGCGGCGCCUCUUCCGCCAUCGUCUGAUUCCUCUGAAAGCCUCGACUUCGCGCCAGCAAGCUUGUGUCCCACUGAUCUCAAUCCGCCUUUCUCUCCCGCGCCCGCCGCGGCGACACCCGACGCCCCAGCACCAGGGAGCAGCUCCUCUGCGCUCACUUCUCGGCCGGCGGCGGAUGCCGCGCCUCCGGCAGAGAGCCAGGAGACCCUCGCUAGCGCGCUGUCCACUGCGGGUGUGCUGUCUUCUCCAGGGGAGCAGAGUAGAGUGCAGCUCGACGCGGAGGUCACGCGAAUAUGGGAUGACGUCUGCUACCGCCUCGCCGUCCUGGGGCGUCUCUUCGGUCUGUAUCGGCGCCAGAACUUCGCGGGAGCUUAUGGGCCGUCUGCGCACGCCGCGUCCCCGGUCUCCACGCCCGCCAGAGCGUCUCGAUGUCGCGGAGAGUCGGGCGCGGAGACGCUAUCUUCUCUGUUUCCCGACGCCGCGGCCGUCCGGGAGGCCGUCAAGCGGGAGCAGUGGGCGGACGAGCGGAAGGCGGCCUUCGAGCGCCUCCUUGGCGAGGUGGACGCGCUGCAGUCUGAGCAGCUCCCUCGCUUCGCCAGCAAGGUGAACCCGGUCUUCCGCCAGGUCUGCGACACACUGCGCAUCCUCGAUUCGAUGCAAAAUAGUGGAGGGGCGCCGCGGCCGCGAGAGGCUCUGUCUUCAGACACCCGAGCCCGCGCGCCGGCGCUGGGCGACGCACAGACCUCCGGCGAGUCUUCUCAAGAGUUCGACGCGGCCGCGCGUCACGAGUUGCGCCUGCAGGCGAUCGGGCACCGGGCUGUCGAGGCGCUGGAAGUGGUGAGGCUGCUCUCCUUUUUGGUUCGGUGCCUGCGGUCGUUGAACCGGCAGGACGCGCACGCCGCGACGAAGCCGCCCGGGCGCCGCAGACCAGACACGUUGUCUCUGCAGGCGCACGUGGAGGAAGGUGAGGCCGCGCUCUUCCGCGCGCCGCGGUUGAUUCGUCUGCUGCGGAGGCACAUUGCGCCGAUAGCGAGGCUCGCCCUCGUGGGCUGCCUCCCGCCGGGCUCCCCUCAGGCCGCCGCUUGCCUGAAGCUGCUUGACAGCAGAACUCAGGACGAGAGGCAUCCCGCGAGGUCUCUGCGUAGGCAGACGCUCGGGCGGGCGACGCCCACCGAGACUGGAGCCGCGGCUCUCGGCGUAGGGGGGAACUCGAGGGUGUCUAAUGGCGCCCAGGGCGACGCCUUCGCCGGGCUGAUGGGCGCUCGCGGCGAAGCGGAGGCGGGGGCCGCUGCGGGGCGUGAGUACCGGCGAGGGCGGUGCUCCAGUCCCGUCGCGAGUCUCUCGUCGCCACCCUCCGUUGCCUCAGCCUUUCUGCCGCCCCAGGAGGAGCCCGCGGCGUCGGGGCUGCUUUCCUCUCCGCUUUCCGCCGAGCGCCUGCGGGGGGACGGGAGCGAGCCGACGGCAGCGCAGGGAUCGCGGUCAGCCUCGGCACCGAGCCAGGCGAACGUGCCUCUGGCUGUGCGGAAGGCCCGCGGACGCGCGCGGUUCGCAUGCAUCACGCUUCAGGACGCGACGAAUAACUUGGGCAGUGCCUUGAACAUCUGCCGGCAAGACACGCCGCCGUGUCUUGUCCACUGCAGGAAGCUGCUGUGGUGCCUCGAGCGCCUCUCUGAGCUCGACGCCAGGGGCCCGGGUGUGGGGAGCGGUCUCCACGGCGGCCCCCUAGCGGAGCAGGCCAUCCCGACACCUGUGCGCCUCGUGUUGUUCGACUUGCUCGACUGCAAGAUGGAUAAGCUGCAUGUCGUGGAGAAGAGCUCCCGGAGGCAUUCCGCUCUGAGUUGCACGCAAGGCGAGGAGGAGGCGGCUGAGCAAAGCGCGCCGGUCGUGCUUCCGCUGGGCACCGGCAACGCGGUCUCGGGGAUCAUCGAGGACGGCGACUCGUGCCCACUGGAGAGCCGCGUCAAGGCGCUCGGCAGACGGAGGCGACAACGAAAGGCGUGCGCGGCCGCAGCCGCUCGCACACAGACCGACAGCCAAGACGCGGCGGGAGACGCGCCAGGAGGCGCGGCGCAGGCCCUGAGGCUUAGCGAGAAGGAAGCAUUCACUGCGCUAACGGAGGGCAUAGCUCUCUCAACGGGUGAAGCAUCUGUCUCGCUGGAAGCCACACCUGUCUCAUCGUCUGUCUCGGCGGCGCGCGUAUCUGUCGCGAUGGAGGGCGAGCCGCUGCCGCCUUCCUCCGUGGGAAUCGUGUCGUCUCCAUUGACAGAAGUUUCUGAGGGCGCUCAGAGUGUCCAGGAGGACCUGGAGCACAACGAUGACAGCAACAUCGACUUGGAAGACAUUGAGGAAGAAGAAGAUUCGUUUCUCCUGCUUCACAGCAUGCUCGAUCGCCAGUACCCGUACGCCUUUCCCCGCCUGCUGUCUCGUUCCCACGAUGUGGGCGACGACCUGUGGUCCUGCACCGCCGCCGCGCUUGAAGAGAAAGAGAAACAGUUUCAGUUCCUCAGCGAAGAGGUCCUUUUUCCGCCUCUCGCUGCGAGUGCGGCCGGCGGAUACAGCGGCGCUCAGGCUGCUCCCUCUGCCGCGACCGCGGCCGCGUGGAGUCAGCAACGACCAGAGGCGGGGGCCGGAGGCUGGGCGCCCGCGCCUCCUCCGGCGUUCCUCGUGGAGAAGCGAGCGCGCCUCCGCGAAGUGGCGCGCGAGCAGCGGCGGACUGCGGAGGCGCUGGAAGGCCCAAAAGCGAGCGACGCCACCGUGCGUCUGGACGCAGCGCCUGGCAGGCAGUGCGGCGGCUACGAGUGGUGGGUCGUCGAGGGGAGCGUCCGAGCGCCCCCGCGGGGGCUCUCGGCGGCCUCCGAGAAGCACGCGGCCGCGGUUUUGAACGCAACACGACUGGACGGCGACGUGCAGGGACUUCCCCUGGGCUCUGUCAGCAGUGGCGCGGCUGCGCAGCCGCCGGUGUCCAGGACGGCGAUCGGGGGGGCUCAGCUCAGCCUGUCGCGGAGCGUGGUCGCGGAGACAGCGGACAGCGACGCCUUGAAGGACCCCUAUGUCGACGGUUUCGGUGCUGCCCGGCUGGGCGAGUUGGAGCAAGCGGCGAAGGAGACCCUUGGGGCUUUGCUGGUUGCGUGCUGCUUUCCGCAGGAGAAGAAAGUGUCUUCGAGGGCCUGCCAGGCUGCGCUGCUUGCGAAGCUCGGCGACGAAGCGGGCGCAGGCCGCCCCCCGGAGGUGCUGCCGGGACAGAGAGUAGCGGGUGGCGAGGAGCUGUCGCGGAUCUGGCCACAGGUCCGUCGGCUCGCUGCGCUGUUGAGGGCCUGGGAAGACAGGGGCCCCCUGUUUCUGAUGGCAGUGACUGUGAGUACGCCCUGUUGGAUUCCAAGUGACCUCCGAACCAUGCACGCGACGCAACUGAACGAGCACCGGAUGUGGGGUGACGUAGUCUGCGAGAUGGGAGGGGCUGGAUUUCCGGGCCCCCAGGACAACGUUCUGGUGAGGCUGCAGCGACCGGCCGCGUGGAGUCGCGGCCCCCGCGACCCGACGGGUCUCGGGUCGCUUGGGGGCGAGCUAGGCAACGCGUGGCAGCCGCAUUUUAGCGAGCCUGAGUUGACGGUCAUGAGGCGCCAGGGUGAAGAGAGAGUCCCGCUCGCUGUGUACGCGGUCCAGCGACGCGCGUGCGGGUCCGGGCGCGGCGACGGACAAGGCUCUCACCACGUGAUUGGCGAGAUCCUCGUUCUGCUGCGCAAGUUGCGGAGAGCCGCUGCAGAUCUGACAUGUGCGCUGGAGCGCCAGUCGGUUCGCGCGGGGCAUCUCCUGCCGCAGGUUGUCGUCAGCCGGGAGGCGGAGAGUCUCCUCGCGUCGAUCCUGAAGGGCCUCAGCGCGUCCGCUGGCGACGAUGCGCCGAGUCCGCCGCUCGACUACCGCAGCUCGUCUGCAGACUGCGCCGGGGCCGAAGGAGAUGCGACACGCAGUUUCCUCUCGCAAGAGCCGGCCUUGGUGCCAGCGCAUGAGGCGCGCGAGAGCUUGGAAGCCGUCGAAGCCGACGCCAUCUGGAAAGACUACCACGCCUCCAAAGCCCUGCUGCUCCAUGCGACAACUGGGGCCGUAUACGGGUCGCUGUCUCGUGGCUGGCAGUGGCUCAUCGUCCAGCGUCUCGGAAAGAGGCCCGUCCUACCGCGCAAGGGGCAAGUAGCUGCCCGGGGCGCCCGAAGCCGGACUAAAGAUGAGGAAGCAGGUCUCCUCAGUGUGCGUCACAUUAGGAGUUCGUCGCCUGCUGUGAUUUCCCCCCCUGUCUCUCCCCUUGCCCUUCUCGUGCCCCCGCGUCCGCGGCGCCUCGACAGCAAAGGGCCGCUGUCUGCAGCGCUUCUACCGACGGCCGCUGGCGCGUGUGUGCUCCUGGAGCCCCAUUCUGAGGUUUUCCGCGAGUUGGGCCGCCGGCACAAGCCUUCACACGGCAGAAUGGAAGGCUGGCUCGCCGAGAGGAGGAGAGAACGGGACAAAGAUGGAGGCCUGUUGCUAGGGCGCAUUGAUAAACUCCAUAAUCUGCUCACUCUCACACUACGGGCACCGCGGGGGGCUGCUGAUGCGAAAGAGCGAGACAUUCGUUAG